GUCCUGGCCAACAUUUAUUCCUCAACUAACAUCACAAAAACAGAUUGUCUGGUCAUUAACACACUGCUAUUUUUGGGAGUUUGCUGUCUGCAAAUUGGCUGCCAUAUAUCCUACAACAGCGACUGCGCUUCAAAAGUAUUUCAUUAGCUGUAAAGCACUUUGAGACAUCUGGUGGUCAUGAAAGAUGCUAUAUAAAUGCUGGUCUUUUCUGCUUUUAAUGAUUGGCGUCUUUUAUUUGGGCACAGAGGUGACAGAGUGGACCUCCUGGUUCAACAUUGACCACCCUGGCGGGAACGGAGACUUUGAGCGGUUGGAAGCUAUCCGCUUCUACUACCGGGAGCGAGUGUGUGCACGGCCAGUGUCCAUUGAGGCACGUACGACGGAAUGGGUGAAAGCCGAACAAACUGGGGAGAUUGUCCAUUACAGCCCAAACAAGGGUUUCUGGUGCAUCAACAAGCAGCAGCCAGAGGGCAAGAUUUGCUCCAACUACCAUGUCCGAUUCCAAUGCCCUGUAGUUCAAUCCUAUUGGUCAGACUGGUCAGAGUGGAGCUCGUGUUCAGUGACCGCUUGCGGGGGAGCAGGUUUCCAAGCUCGACAGCGCACCUGCACAAACAACAUGCGUUUCCGCUUUAUCAUGGUUCCGAGGUGCAAGGGGAAGGCCAUCGAGCGACGAGGGUGUAGCACUCCUCCAUGCCAGGAGGCUCAUUGGACAGACUGGGGACCCUGGACCCAGUGUUCUGUCACGUGUGGGAACGGUCACAUUCUGCGCCGCCGACGCUGCGUCCAAACCCCGGAAAGGCAGACCUGUGUCAGAGAGCCGAUUGAAGUCCAAAAGUGUGGCGGGGCACCUUGCAAAGUCUGCCAGCACGUUUGUGCAGAGGGUCAUGUGAAUGAAGAAUGCAACGGUUGCAUCUGUGACCAACAUGUUUUACUGGGCACAGUCCAUUCUGCAGAUGGAAUGCCCAUUACCCACGGUAGGAUAGCGAUGGAGGAUCAGCCGCACAUGACAUUAACAAUGAGCGAUGAAAGCGGUACUUUCAAGAUCCCUGGUGUCUGUGCCAACAGCAAGACUCGUGUUCUGAUCGAAGGUGCAAAGUUGGUCCCCUCCGUAUUUCAAGCAGUUCAAAACAGCACGGAGUCGUCAGUGGUUCAGGCGGUUCUCAAGAGAGCUGAAAAGCCCUAUAUAGUGAAACACCCUGAGACAAAAGUACGAUUUGAAGAUCAACGGGUGUCUUUUUGCUGCAAAGCCACUGGAUCCCCACUUCCAUUAAAAUAUUUCUGGUAUCACAAUGGGACACUGCUGGACACAAAGAAUGAAGAAACCCUACUGUUGAAGGAGUUGAAGUAUUGGCAAGGAGGGGAAUACCAGUGCAAAGUUACCAAUGGCUUUGGCUCCAUCAAGUCAGUUCCAGCAAUGCUCACAGUUAUAGUCAAAGGAGAACCAAAUUGCAACCCUGAACCACUGAAGCAUUUAAUUAAAUUGCCAGGGAACUGCUUUCAGAAGGCAACCAAUUCCUUCUUCUACAAUGUCGGGAAGUGUCCCAACAGCAAGUGUGCCGGGGACCUGAACUUUGACCUCCGUUGCAAGGACAGCACAAGCUACUGCUGUGGUGUGAAGGAGAUAAAGCACAUGGAGAUUGCGUGUCAGGGCUACACCCUUCCUGUCAAGGUGGUGGCAAGCUGUGGCUGCAAGAAGUGCCUGGAGCCCAAAGUAUUAAUCAGAGGGAGGGCAGUAGCAGCAGACAAUGGGGAGCCACUUCGGUUUGGACAGAUCUUUGUUGGUAAUGAGAGAGUUGGCCUGACAGGCUACAAGGGGACCUUCACCAUACAGGUUCCUCAGGGAACGGAAAGGCUUGUUGUCCAGUUUAUUGACAGGAUGAACAAGUUUGUGGACACUGUUAAAGUCUUUCCUUUUGACCGGAAAAGUGGUGCUGUGUACUUUGAGGUGAAGCUAAUGAGGAAAUCAGAGCCGAUAGAGGUUGACUCCACCAAAGGCAUCACCAUUCCACUGGGAGAAAUGGAAGGCGAAGACACCAUUGGGAAGCUAGAAAUUGCACCCAACUCAUUCCGCAGAAGCAAUGGGGAAAGCUACAAUGGGAAAGUCAAGGCCAGUGUGACCUUUCUGGACCCGAGGAACAUCACCCUCGCCACGACUGCGUCAAGUGACCUGAACUUUGUGGAUGCGGAGGGGGACAUUCUACCACUCAGGACCUACGGCAUGUUCUCGGCAGACUUCCGGGAGGAAUUAUCGAACGAGGCCCUUGCAGCCUCCAGUGUUACAGUCUACCUUGACACUGCCAGUGUCAAGAUGCCAGAACACGUGGAGAAAAUGAGGUUGUGGUCCUUGAACCCAAACACUGGUUUCUGGGAGGAGGAGAGCCUCUUCCACGUCGAGAGGAGAAAGCGCAACAAACGCGAGGAGAGGACAUUCUUGAUUGGUAACAUGGAGAUCCGGGAGCGCCGUCUUUUCAACCUGGAUGUUCCAGAAGCCAGACGCUGCUACGUUAAAGUAAGGGCCUACAUGAGUGAGAAGUUCUUGCCUGGCGAGCAACUAGAGGGAGUUGUGAUCACGCUGAUUAACCUGGAACCUUUGCCAGGCUACACGGCCAAUCCUCGAGCUUGGGGCCGUUUUGACAGUGUCAUAACAGGGUCUAAUGGGGCCUGCCUUCCUGCCUUUUGUGACGCUGCUAGGCCGGAUGCUUACACAGCCUAUGUUACAGCUGCUCUUGGAGCUGAGGAGCUGGAAGCUGCUGCCUCAAGCCCUAAAAUGAACCCCAACAUCAUUGGAGUCUCUCAGCCCUUCCUAGGCAAACUUGACUACAGGAGGACAGACCAUGAGGAUGCCCAACUGAAGAAAACAGCUUUCAAAAUUAAUCUCGCAAAGCCCAACGCAAAUAACAUUGACGAGACCAAUGGCCCAAUAUACGCAUACCAAAAUGUAAAAGACUGUGAGGAUGCCCCAGUGUCAGCCAACCAUUUCAGAUUUUACAAAGUGGAAAAGGACAAAUAUGAAUACAAUGUGGUGCCUUUUGAGGAAAACGACUUGACCAGUUGGACUGGGGACUAUCUCUCCUGGUGGCCUAAUCCUCAGGAGUUCAGGGCCUGCUACAUCAAGAUCAAAGUUAAUGGGCCACUGGAGGUCAUGGUGAGAUCACGCAAUAGUGGCAGCACUCACCCAGAGACCAAGGGGCAGCUGUAUGGUAUCCGUGAUGUGCGCAGUGUCCGGGAUAUGAUCAACCACAACAUUUCAGCUGCUUGCCUUGAGUUCAAAUGUGGUGGCAUGCUGUUUGACCAAAGCUCCGUUGACCGCACUCUGGUGGCUGUGAUCCCCCAGGGAAAUUGCCGGCGAACUAGGAUUAAUAACCUGCUGCAGGAAUACUUGCGUAGACACCCACCCUUGGCCAUCAACAACGACACGUCGGCUUUCAGCAUGCUGGCUCCCGUUGACCCCUUGGGCCACAACUAUGGAAUCUACACCGUUACCGAUCAAAAUCCAAGGCUGGCCAAGGAGAUUGCCAUAGGCCGCUGCUUCGAUGGCACCUCCGAUGGCUUUUCCCGAGAAAUGAAGGUUGAUCUGGGAAAUGCUUUGACCUUCAACUGUCAGGAAAAGCCUGUGACCCGCCAGAGCCUCUUCCAGCGAAUCCAGAAUUCUCCAGCUGAGACCCUGACGGAGAUUGGAGCAGAAAUGAGGAGACAGGCACAAAUUCGACCUGCGCAAUCUCGGAUUGUAGCCUACCCCUCAGAUCAAAGGAAUCGUAGGGCCCGGAUUAUCAACAGAAACAUAAGAAGGAGUGGACUUCCCAGACAGUAGAUUGGAAUGGACUUUUCGUGAUCCUGAAAUGAUAGCUGUGGGAUUUGGCCCUUCCCCUAGGUUUUUCAAUGCAAAUAUGAAUGAAAAAACACCCAGCAUUGUAAGCCACGCUACAACCAGAUAAUUGCAGAAGUUGGGCCAACAACAUUGGAAGACCGUAGGAAAGGAAGCUAAUGUUGCGUUCCAGGGAUGUCAUCACUGCCAAGAAACAAAUGAAAUAUUACCUCUGAGGCUAAGAUCAUCCAAUGAAAUUUGACAUGGCUUUUGUCCAAUUUUCCCAAGGGGUUCUACAAUGGAGAUUACUACUUUAUCAUAGUAUUUAGUGUUUUCCAUGUUACAACAGUGAGUACAGUUGGUUAUAAAGCGUUUUGGUACAUUAUGAGGUCAUGGUGCUAUAUAAAUGCAAAUUCUUUUCUUCCUUUCACUAAAUAAGACAACUCAAUUACGUCUUUGACUCGAGCUACCUAUUUUAAUCCCAUUUUCUUGCCUUACCCUCAUUAUUUGAUACAUUUUUCUGCUUCAAGUACUUGUACCAUUCUCUUCUUAAAUGACUCCCUACUUCAAUAACUGCUUCACUCCCACUUGGAAGUUGGAAGGGUUCAAGUCCCGCUCCAGAGACUUAAAUCCAGAUUGAGACUCCAGUGCAGCACCUGUUAGAGGUGCCAUCAUUCAGAUGAGAUGUUAAUCUGAAGUCUGUCAGCUUCAAUGGUAGCUGUUAAAAAAAAUCCCAUGGCACUAUUUGAAAAAGACUAUGGGAGCUCUCCUAGCAAAUAUUUAUUCCUCAACCAACACCUAAAACAGAUUAUCUGGUCAUUAGCAUAUUGAUGUUUGUGGGAGCUUGCUGUGCACAAAUUGGCUGCCAUGUUUCCUACAACAGUGACCACACUUCAAAAAAAGUACUUUAUUGGCUGUGAAAUGCCUUGUGAGAUUGUGAAAUGUGUUGUAUAAAUGAAAUUUCUCUCAUUUAUUUAUGAAUGGUUGUUGGCAGCAACUAGAAUGCUAGAAUGCACAAACAUUCACUCCCUCCACCACUGACACACAAUAGCAGCAGUGUGUACCAUCUACAAGAUACAGUGAAGGAAAUCACCAAGGUUCCUUAGGCAACACCUUCCAAACCAUGGCCAUUAGC